GGAAGUUUUGUUUUUCUCGUGAUUUUGACAAUUUUUGGCGUCCAGGAAGCGAGAAAGACCCCAAAAGUACGCUAGAACAAUGUCAAGCAUGUAUCGAGCGUCCCAGGUUGACUGGGAAAACAAGUUUUCCUCAAUUGUGCGCGAAACGGAGGCGAAUCUGGCCAAGGUUCAGGAACGUCUGAAUGCAGCCAGAACUCCCACCAGCUCUUCCCUAGACUACCCUGUACAUGGAGACUCCUUCCGCCCUAGUCGUGACCCCAUCACCUCCACUCCCAAACCCAGGACUGUUCGGUUCUCAGAUUCCUCCAACCUGUCCUCAGAGCCUUUACAUGUAUCCAAUAAGGAGAAUAUAGACUCUGGUCAGGCCCCAGCCAUGUGGACUCUACUGUCAGAGAAACUGGACCUGCAGACAAAGGUUAUUGACACCUUGAAGCGGACAGUGGAAAAUCUGGAGAGGGACAGAGAUCAACAGAGGUCAAAAGUCAAGGAGUUAGAAAAUGACCUCCGUGUGGUGAACGACCGCCUGUCGGAGCGCGGGGUUGACCUUCAGACGGAGAUGAAGGUCGAGCGGUGGCGGCGUGAGGUCGCGGCUGAGGUGCAGGGUCUACAGCAGGAGCUACAGAACGUGCGGCGGGCGCGGGAUGGGGAGCGCUACGGGGUCAGCGAGGGGGUCACCGCGCUGUCACGGGAACUACAGGAGAGUAAGAGGUUUCUUCAAGACGAAUGUGAGGCACUCAGAAGGGAAAUUGAGGGCAUGAAGACUAGGAUCGUAAAACAAGAAGUGGACCUGGCCACAUCCAUCUCCCAAGCAAGAGACAUUAGCAGGAGACAGGACCAUGUAGACAAGGCUGUGAAGUCUUUACAGGAGAACCAUCGGUCCCAGUCACAUGACACCAGCAGGGUGUCAGCCGACCAAUCAGAGACCCUCAAACAGAUCAAGGAACUCAAGAAUUCUGUAGGAAGUAUCCAGCGACAAAUAGACAGGACACAGGGAGAAACUAACCAACGGAGGAACAGACAAACAGAUAAUGUAAGAGACAACAGUAAGUCCAAGAGGCGACCCUACACCAGUAAAGGCUCUCGUAUGACGGGAGUUUUUGACACGUCAGACAUUGACACGGAUGUUGACCUGAGUUCUCCCAGUAUCGCCAGCCACAAGUCUUCUGACUUCUCCUACAACAUGGACUAUCUCAGGCCCACACCUGCUACAACUACAAGGCACAGGGACAACGAUCUGAACAGUCUGAGCCCCUCCCUCUCCCCCUCCCUGGAUGUGACCUUGAACCUGGACGACCUUGACCCCGGGGAUGUCAGCUCUGACCUUGACUUGGAUGACGACUUCUUAUGAUGACCCUUGUGUGAAGUAGAAGGAACGAGGACUCAUCUUAAGAAACUAGGGACCAACUCCUGAAGAAUUCUCAACUCAGGGAUUGAAAUCUUCUUAAUUGGGUAAAAACUUGUCGAGAAAACAGUGAUAACUUUGUUUGUUU